AGCUGAAGCUCUUCCUGCGCAAGUGUCGACUUGGAUCGAACUGAGUUCAUCCAAGCAAUUAGAUAGGGCAAACGAUUGAGAUGGUAACGCCGAUCAACUUGCUUGUUUCGAAGGUGCUUGAGACGUUGUUCAACAUGGCAAAGGAGGAGUUAGCAAUGCAGUUAAGGUUGGUAGACGAUGUGAAGAAACUUCAGAACACCCUUGAAAGGCUUGAGUGCUAUCUCCAAGACUCUGAGAAGAAAAUCAUCGAGGAUGAUUCCACAAAACGAUGGCUCAACCAAAUCAACCAUGCUAUGUACGACAUCGAGGACCUGCUCGAAGAAUACGACGCCCUCAAAAUCAAUAAUAGUGAAAGCAUGAGCAGCAAAGAGGUUAGGUCGAGUUCUUCUUCGUCUACCAAGGUACGCUUCUGGUUAUCUGUCAAGAUUUCCGGCUUCAAGAAAGUUGCAUCCAAUCAUCGGAUUGGUGUCGAUCUUCGAAGGCUUAACAAACAGUUAAAUGACGAAAUCAAAGGGCAAAUACCCGAAUUAUCGUUUAUGAUUAACUUUGCACCUACUGGUCCGGUGGAGAGCCAAAUAAGAUCGAAUAACAGGACUACCGCUGUAGUGGUCCGUUCAGAUAUAGUGGGCAAUAGAAUACAGGAUGAUGCUCGGCGCUUGAUCAAGUUGUUGACCAAAGAUGAUGACCGCGACAACCCUCUUGUAUAUGCCAUCGUUGGAAUGGGAGGGAUUGGCAAAACCACCCUGGCCAAAUUAGUAUUUGAUGAUCACAUAAUCGCAAGCCGCUUUCAGGUAAAUGUGUGGGUCUCUGUAUCCCAGAAUUACAAUGAAAAUGAUAUAUUGAGAAACAUCAUAACAUCUGCUGGCGGAGAUGGUAAGCGUUGUCACAAUUUUGACUCGCUCAGUAAGAAGGUUAUCGAUAUGGUGAAAGACAAAAGGGUAUUUAUGGUGUUGGAUGAUGUGUGGGAGACUAAGAGAGUAUGGAAUGACAUGUUGAGAAUCUUGCUAAAGAGGGGCGUUGCAGAAGGAAGCAGGGUGCUCGUCACCACAAGAAACGAAGAGGUUGCAGCUCAGAUGAUGGCAGUCCACUCGCAACGCGUGCAGUCAUUGCCUCUAGAAGAUGGGUGGUCACUGCUCUGCAAGUCAGCUUUUCCUGCUUGGGAGCAGCUGGAAGCGAAGGAUGACAAAUGGAACCUCAAAGAUAUCGGCAUAGAACUUGUCAAAAAAUGUGAUGGACUGCCACUAGCGAUCAAUGCAAUAGGAGGGAUGUUGUCAAGCCAGAGCAGAACAAGAGAAUCAUGGGAGUUUAUUCUCAAGAGCAGCUCUUGGGAGGUGAAAGGGCUUCCUGAUGAAAUCAACUCUGUUUUAUACAUAAGUUACCAAUACCUGCCUAGGGAUAUCAAGCGAUGUUUCUUGUAUUGUUCUUUGUUUCCUAAAGGCAGAUAUUUUAAGAUUAUGAAUGCAAAAAACCUUUGGAUCCAGGAGGGGCUCAUCAAUGAUGAAAAGAAUAGAUCAUCGCAUGAUGUUGCAGAAAGGUACUUCAGAAUACUAGUACAGAGAAACCUCGUGAUACUAGAUCGAGUAUACAUAGAAGCAGCCUAUUUUAAGAUGCAUGACCUUGUCUACUCACUCUCACAGUUUCUAACUAGAAACGAGAAUCUUGUCGCUACAGAAGAAAGAGAGAUUUUAAAUUCUGAAUUCGAUGGAAAGAUAAAGAAGCUACGUCGUCUUUCUUUUAUAGGCGGCCAUAAUGAAACGACUAAGAUCCAAAAAAAAUGUCUGCAAGAACAGGUGUCGUUGAGGACUCUUUUGACCUUUGAUAAAACCAUCUAUAAUAUUGAUAAUGACCUCUUCAAUCAUCUUCGUCAUCUUCGGAUACUAUGGCUUCGAGGAACUAAAGUUACGGAGUUGCCUGCAUCCCUAGGUUCCCUCAAGCUUCUAAGGUACCUAAACCUAUCGCAGACUCCUAUAAAGGAGUUGCCCAUAACAAUCCAAAACCUCAAUGCUCUGAGGAUUCUUGAUGUUUCUGAGUGUGAAAACCUCCGUAAUCUUCCUUCAUGCAUUAUGAAGUUGCAUCAUCUAUGUUCUCUGACAACUAAAGGUACCGCAUUGGAUCAUCUACCUCAGGGAGUGGGAAAUUUGAACAAACUACAACUUCUUGAAUUCAUUGUGCCUCUAGACAAGGGUAUUGCACGGGAAUCCUCUACUGUUAAGGAGUUGGAGACACUCACGGAGCUAAGGCAAUUAAAUUUGUGCAAGCUGGAAAGGGUGUUGGACAGCUCUCAAACAAAAAGUGCUUCUCUCAAAGACAAACCACACCUCAAAGAACUCAUACUGAGUUGCUCGGAGAGAGAUUCUAAUGAAGUUUGUACAGAUGAUUCCGACAGAAUUGAGGUCGUCUUUGAGGAUCUCUGCCCUCCAGUUCAACUAAAAAUUCUUAAAAUUACCAACUAUUUUGGAUGCAAGCUACCAAGUUGGCUGGGAUCUCGACUAUUUAACAUUCGAUUUUUGAAAAUAACUGGUUGUAGCAAUUGCAAGAAACUUGACGGAUUAGGAUUGCUGCCUUUCUUGGAAGCAUUUUAUAUUGAAGGUGCAUCAUCAAUAAAAAACAUUGGCCCAGAAUUCUACACAAACAACAACAUAGAAAAUGAUGCAUAUCAAAAUUCUGUCUUAUUUCGAAGAAUGAAGCUAUUGAGCUUUGAAAAUAUGGAUAGCUGGGAGGAGUGGAGUAGUUUGGGUAAUGAUAUACGUGUGAUGCCUUUUUUGGAGGUUUUGCAAAUUUAUGCAUGCCCAAAGCUCAAGUCAAUUCCCGAAGAAGUCCUGUCAGAUAGCUAUUUGAAGAGAAUAAGAAUAUGCAAGGCUCGCCAACUCCUAAAAAAGCUGCACAACCCCCAUUUUCUAGAAAUCAUUGAAAUUGGAAACAUCCCUUACCUGGAGAAGAUCUCGGGAGUUCCGGCGCUUCGACGGCUAAAAAUAGAGGACUGUCCGGGGAUUAACUUGGUGGAGCUUACACAUACAUUGCAAAAUAUCGAUUGGAAAGACUUCAAUGCCGACUCACUUCCAAUAUGGUUUUCCCCUGAUGGCCAUGGGGAUGACGACAACAUAAAAGCCACUUACGUACAAAUAAGUUGCAAAGAGGAAUUGGUGAGGAAUAAUAUAGCAUACCGAUUCAUAUACCUGUAUUACCUGUUAUCUGUUACCUGUAUUCUAGAAGCUUGUCGCUUGUACCUGACAUCUUUUCUUUUCGAUUUUCUCCUCUGUUUUGUUCCGACCGAAGAAAGUCAAGAAAAGCCUCUUGAAGAAGCUCUCAUCAUUCCUGCCUCCCUCAAAUUCGUUAUCUCCAACAUCAAAAUCAUCGUUCCCGUGCAACUGUCAUCGGACAACUACCCAGUUUGGCGAUCGCAGGUUAUGAAAUUAUUAACAGCAAACGGGUUUGCUUCCUAUCUCUCUUCAUCGACUUCCCCUCCGGCGACGCACAAAACACUUCAAGAUGGUAGCAAAGAACUCAAUCCAAGACAUCAAGAAUGGGUUCUUGUGGAUCAAAAUCUGGCAGCGGCGUUGUGCUCCACUGUGUCCCCUGCCAUUCUUUCUUAUGUUAUUCAUUUAAACUCCACAUCUACUAUAUGGCAGACUCUUGAAAAACGCCUCCAGUCAUCAAAUCGAUCACGAGUUAUUCAGCUCAAAAAUGAGCUGCAUAACAUCCAGAUGAAGUCUCAAAGCAUGACACAGUAUAUGCAACAAAUCAAGAACAUUGUUGAUAACAUAAGCUCAGCCGGAUCGGAGAUUGAUCAAGAAGACGUUCUCCUAUAUACGAUGAAUGGCUUGCCACCAUCGUAUAAUGCUCUCAAGACCACCAUUCGGGCAAUGCAAUCCCCCAUGGACCUCGACACGCUAUAUUCAUUACUCAUCACAGAAGAAAUAAAUCUCCAAUCGGAAUCUGCUCGUCACAAUCUACUUGGAGAUUCGUCUACUGCCCUUUACUCCAAUCGGGGCCGUGGUCGGCGUGGACGUGCAAGAUCGUCGACACAGCCAUCCAGAUCCACAAAUCAAAAUGUUCCUUACUGCCAGAUAUGCAACAAGCGGGGACAUCUUGCACACAAUUGUUGGCACAGACUAAAAAACUCUGUCAAUCCUCCUGACCCGAUCACUACAAAUCCGUCUAACACAGCGAUGGUAGCUGCUACAGACAAUGAAAAUCCUGAUUGGUAUCUUGAUUCGGGCGCGUCAGUACAUCUCACAAACUCGGUGGACAAUCUCUCGCAGGCUCAAUCUUACACUGGGACUGACUCAAUUACAAUAGGUGAUGGCAGAUCUCUAUCCAUUGCCCACUCCGGCAACGGUAUUCUGCCAACACCGUAUCGUAAGCUACACCUUAAAAAUUUAUUUCAUGUUCCGCAUUUAUCACAUAAUCUUCUUUCUAUCUCUAACUUGACUCAAGAUAAUAAUGUAUCAGUGAACUUUAACCCCUCUGGUUUUGCCAUUAAGGAUUUGAAGACAAACAAAACAUUGCUCACGGGACCAAAUCGCAGAGGACUCUAUCCAAUUCAAUCGGCCAACAAGAGUAACUACGGCUCCACAGCAUUAACAGCUAGUUCCAACAUUGCAAAUCUCUGGCAUCAACGUUUGGGACACCCUCACUCAAGAAUUAUUCACGCUGUAUCUGCCUCCGACAAAAGUCUUAACAUCCCGCAUAAUUUUUCUUUUUGUUCUGCUUGUACGACCUCAAAAGGUCAUAGAUUACCUUUCUCAAAUAAAAAUCAUCGCACUUUUAUACCUCUUGCAAUUGUGCAUACUGAUGUUUGGGGUCCAGCCCCAGUACCUUCUAAUCAAGGUUUUUUGUAUUACGUAGUUUUUAUCGACGACUUCUCUAGAUUUACGUGGGUUUUUCCCAUGCGACACAAAUCAGAAGUCUUUGAAAUUUUUCAAAAAUUUAAAACCUAUGUUGAAAAGCAAACACAAUUUUCAAUUAAAUGCUUAAGAUCUGAUGGAGGUAUGGAGUAUUUAAAUAAUAAUUUCAGGAAUUUUCUCAGUCACCACGGCAUUGCACAUCAAACCUCCUGCCCUUACACACCUGAGCAGAAUGGGCUGGCAGAGCGCAAGCACAGACAUCUUCUUGAAACAACACGAACCUUGAUUACCACUGCAUCGCUUCUGCCAUCACUCUGGCCGGAUGCCGUGCUCACGGCUUCGUUCAUUAUCAACAGGCUUCCUACUGCUAUCACGGGUUACAGGUAUUUGGGUGUGCCUGCUACCCGUGGAUUUCGCCAACUCAAAGACACAAACUGGAGUCCAGAUCUCGCAGCUGUGUGUUUAUUGGAUACUCACCCGUCUCAAAAGGCUUUGGCCACCAGGCAAUUAAAUUUGUGCAAGCUGGAAAGGGUGUUGGACAGCUCUCAAACAAAAAGUGCUUCUCUCAAAGACAAACCACACCUCAAAGAACUCAUACUGAGUUGCUCGGAGAGAGAUUCUAAUGAAGUUUGUACAGAUGAUUCCGACAGAAUUGAGGUCGUCUUUGAGGAUCUCUGCCCUCCAGUUCAACUAAAAAUUCUUAAAAUUACCAACUAUUUUGGAUGCAAGCUACCAAGUUGGCUGGGAUCUCGACUAUUUAACAUUCGAUUUUUGAAAAUAACUGGUUGUAGCAAUUGCAAGAAACUUGACGGAUUAGGAUUGCUGCCUUUCUUGGAAGCAUUUUAUAUUGAAGGUGCAUCAUCAAUAAAAAACAUUGGCCCAGAAUUCUACACAAACAACAACAUAGAAAAUGGUGCAUAUCAAAAUUCUGUCUUAUUUCGAAGUAUGAAGCUAUUGAGCUUUGAAAAUAUGGAUAGCUGGGAGGAGUGGAGUAGUUUGGGGAAAGAUAUACGUGUGAUGCCUUGUUUGGAGGUUUUGCAAAUUUAUGCAUGCCCAAAGCUCAAGUCAAUUCCCGAAGAAGCCCUGUUUCAUGCAGCUAGCUAUUUGAAGAGAAUAAGAAUAUGUACGGCUCCCCAACUCCUCCUAAAAAAGCUGCACUACCUCCGUUUUCUAGAAAUCAUUGAAAUUGGAAACAUCCCUUACCUGGAGAAGAUCUCGGGAGUUCCUGUGCUUCGACGACUAAAGAUAGAGGACUGUCCGGGGAUUAACUUGGUGGAGCUUACACAUACAUUGCAAAAUAUCGAUUGGAAAGACUUCAAUGCCGACUCACUUCCAAUGUGGUUUUCCACUGAUGGCCAUGGGGAUGACAACAACAUAAAAGCCACUUACCUACAAAUAAGUUGCAAAGAGGAAUUGGUGAGGAAGAUAUGCGUCAACGACGUCCAUGAGUGGUCUAAAAUCCAACAAUUUGACAACAUCAUUGUCUUGGACGAGAACGAACGGUUAAGGCUCACCCACCCCGAAAUGCCCAAUAGCUUCACUAAGAAUGACGAGCAAGUUAAAUGGCUAGACGUCUCAGGUCCAGUCGAUGAGGAGGAGCUAAUUAUGCUUAAAAUACGACAUGGCGAGGUGGAGGAGCCCAUUAUACGUCGUAUACGUUUGCAGACGUCUUGUCCUACAGUUGAAGAGAAUGACAAUGAAUCAUCUUAGGAGACCUUACACGUCAGACUCCUUUAGGUCUUUUUGUAAUAUUAGCUGCUAGC